UUCGUUCCAUUUCGUUUCCGUAUUCCUAUUUUGUUCUUCUCUGAACACAGCAAAAAUUGACCAAAAAUGGUAAUACUGAAAUAAAGGCUAUAAAGUCGAUCCAAAGAAAACCUUACAAAUCAAAUUAGCGAAGAAAAUUGGAAUUACCGUCGUGAGUAUCGAUGAGCAAUGCUUCACAGGAGUUUCAAGCCUGCGAAAUGCAAGACGGCGUUAAAGCUUGCUGCCUCGCGUAUAAAGUUAAUGAGGAACAAGAGGGAAGUACAGGUGAAGCAGAUGAAGAGGGAUUUGGUGAAAUUGCUCGUGUCUGGUCAAGACCGUACAGCAAGGAUUAGGGUUGAACAUGUGCUCAGGGAAGAGAAGACAAUGGCAGCCUAUGAUCUUCUUGAGAUAUAUUGCGAGCUUCUAGUGGCACGUCUGCCUAUCAUUGAGUCACAAAAAACCUGCCCAAUUGACUUGAAGGAAGCGAUAUCAAGUGUAAUAUUUGCGUCUCCAAGAUGUGCGGACAUUCCAGAGCUGUUGGAUGUUCGCAAGCAUUUUAAAGCAAAAUAUGGAAAAGAGUUUGCUUCAGCAGCUGUUGAAUUGCGUCCAGAUUGUGGUGUAAGUCGCCUGUUGGUUGAGAAAUUAUCUGCCAAAGCCCCUGAUGGUCCAACCAAAAUGAAAAUCUUGAGGGAAAUAGCUGAAGAACAUAAUAUCAAAUGGGAUCCUGAGUCAUUUGAAGAAAAAGAUACAAAGCCUCCCGAGGAUUUGCUGAAUGGACCUAGUAGUUUUGAGGCAGCUAGUCGAAUGCAUGCAGAACCUCCUAAUGUUCCAGUUACACCUCAUCAUGUUGGCAGGGGACCUGUUAAUUUUCAAGAGGCGCCCAAGCAAGUUGAAAGUCCUAAUGUACAUAUGAACUUGAAUGAGCAUAAUGCACGACCGUCAUCCCUUCCUCAAAGUUUUGCAUCUACAAUGGCAUCUGACCCUCCUCAUCCAGAACUAAAACCUUUAGGAGGUGGAAGUGAGGGGAUGAAACAUACGCAUUCAUUUACUGGGGAUGGGCAUUCGUAUACUGGGCAGAAUUGGAAUAUGGACUUUAAGGAUGCCACUGCUGCUGCGCAGGCUGCUGCUGAAUCUGCAGAACGAGCAAGUAUGGCUGCCCGGGCUGCUGUAGAACUUUCAAGCCGUGAAAUGACAACCAGGCAGCAGUCAAUGAAGUCGCAGAAGUCUUCAACUUAUGGGCCAAGAGAUGAAGGGCUCUGGAACAUUGCAGGCUCCAAGUUGCCUGGUGAAUCCGCCAAAGAUCAAAUUAAAUACACCUUUCAAGAAAGAAGCUCUGGGAAUUUGACUGAGCGAAUUGAUAGGAAUGAUCUAGAUGAUGCAAGGUUGACUGAAAGAUUUAACCAGAUAAAUAGCACUAUGGCAGCUUCUAAUUAUGUUGACAGUGUUGCCCCAAUGCCAGACAAUUUCCAAGUGGCAGAUAAAUAUCCUCGAAAUGAUUCACUUGAUUCAGUGACGAGAGGCUUUUCGGGUGAAGCGAAUCUAAAGGAAAGGUCAAAUCUAUCUGGACGAGAAUUUGUGAAUGAGGAAGAUGAAAUGAAAUCUGAAGAAGAGAGCGUCAGAAAACAAUCCAGCAGGGUAUCCUCACAUUCUCACUCAAGCUCUCUUGGUGAUGAUCACCUUGUAGUUCCAAAUUUAUUCCAACAGAAUGUAGUGAAUAAUUUUGAUGAUGACCCAUUUAUCAGCUACGAAGGAAUGAAUGAAAUAACUGCCAAAGAAACAACCUCUUAUGGCAAUGAUGUUUUGGCUUUUGAUGAUUCUGGUUCGGAAUAUGGCGAUGGGGAUGAACAUCAUCAACAGGAAAUUAGUGGGUAUCCCCAAGACCAAGAAUCUUCUUCUCAUAUGUUAGCUAUGAAGCAAGAAAAGCUUGGUUUGGAGUCGUAUUUGCCGCAGCAGCACUCUACUACUGUGUUUUCUGAAGGCUUGGAAAAUUCUACCAUUCAUCCAUCCCAAGAUGACUUGUUUCCUGCUACUUUUGAUGAUUCAGACGGUCCAAGUUCUGAAAGUGAAGAAGAGAAGGAGAAGUUCAAGCUUGUGGGAAGUCUGGGUACUGGUUAUAAACAGAAUGUCUUCUCUUCAAAUCCUGAGUUGCCUACUGGAUCUUCAUCCGUUGAAAAGGAAGAUGUAGGAUCUAACAAAAAGUCAUGGUUAAGUGCAAGCACAUAUGAUGAAUUGAACCUUGAGAAAAACCAUGGGAUUGAAGUUAAUGAUGGCUCUAAUAGGGAAUAUGAGUAUGCGUACAUGCCUUCCACUCAGCCUUCUACCAUACCCAUGAGCUCUCAGUCAAAAUCAAGUGGUCUAAAUGCCGAGUCUUUCAAUAACCAUCAGCAUUCUAGGAGAUCAUCUGGGCUUGCACUUGUCCAGGAAGUCAAAAAUGAUGUUCAGACACCGGAAUCGAUUGGUACCAUGAUGGAUGCUGAAGUUUCUAAAGACUUUAGUUUGGAAGGUGAUAAGGAGUUGAACUUUGGAACAUUGACUGGUGGGCUUCGAAAUAAGGGAUAUAGGCAGCCACCAUAUACUAGGAAUCCUGGCAAUGCUUCAUUGUCCAGACAAGAUGUAGAGGAUACAUGUACCAGAAAUAGAAUUGAGCAGUCCUCUCUUUCCCCUAAAGUUGAGACUUCAAUUUCCUUGGGGUUUCGAGAUCAAGAGUCAGACAGUAAGAUGGUGAGGUCAAAAGUAAAUGAAAAAACAAGCACAAGAGCUCCAAUCACAUAUUUUGAUUCUAGUGAUGAUUCAGAUGUGGAACUCCCCCAGCAGACUUUUGGCAAGACUCAAAAGCCGUACAAGCAGAAAGCAGACAAUGAAGCAAAUAGAAGGCCAAGCUCAAAGACCUAUUUUGAUUCAGAUAAUAGUGAUUCAGAGCAAGGUUUUGCUAAGCAGACUUCAUCCAGCAAGAUUCCUUUUGGUACUGGAUUUUCUCGACGAACAAAAGUCACUUCAGCCCUUGAUAGAAAUUAUCUUCCAAAGGCUUCAGUACCGUCUGAAUCAACAGAGACUGUAGACGAUGGUUUGCAAAAAAAAUCAUCUGCAAAGACUUCUUAUGGUACUGAAUCUCGUCAAGAAUGGCAGUCUCAGUCUCAGUCUCAGGAGAGGCCAGAUAACGUAAUAGGCUCUGAAGAACCAAAGGGUGUACACAAACAAGCAGCUUCUAAACAAAUUACAAUAUCCAAGAGUUCUUCAAAUGAGGACAAUUGGAAAAUAUCUGCUCUGGAACAACCAUCUAGCUCUCUUCCAAAGAUUGCAGCAUCAGCUAAAUCUGAAAGUUCAAAGAUCUUAAAUAAGGAAACUCCAUCUAGGGAGAAUUCCAUCAACAAAGCCGGUCAUGUUCACCCAAAACUUCCUGAUUAUGAAGCCCUAACCGCCAACAUGCAGUCGCUCCGGCAAAAUCGCCAGUAAUUCUGGUUCUUAAAACUGCAGCUACUCUACUUAGUUGCACCCUUCUCAUAUUCUUUGCAUUGUUCAUUAUAAUAGUUGAUUCCUGAUAUUUUUUAUGCCUGCGAGGAUUAUAGUGUUCUUACGUUGUUUUUUAUGGGAGUUCUGGGACUGGGAUGGUCAUAAUAAAAUCUGUACAUGAAGGUUGCCUCUGGAUGUUGAGUUCAAAUGGAUAUAUUCUUUUUUGGUCUGUAUAUAGUGGUACAAUAUGAGCUACAUUGAUUCCGAUGCGCCAGAUAGAAAUAUAGUUAUCUUGA